AUGACGACGACGACGUAUUCGGAGUACUCUGUCAACACAGAGAUCGAAGCUUUCUUCGAGAAAACAUCGGCGACCCGUGCGGCAUGCGACGUCAAAGCAAGGGAGCUCGCCGGCGAUAAUGUCGUCCAUAUCGACGUCCAAGGCAUGUGUAGCUACUCUGUCUACGCUGGCCCUGAGCUAGAAUACGUCGUUCAGUUCCGACUCGAGUCCUUGGCACUCAAGACUGAAAUCACUUCCUUAGCGACCGAGAUUUACGGAUCACUUGCACCAAAAGUAUCCUUCAAGGGCAAGAUAGGAGACGGGGCAAAGGAGCCGCUCCACAUCUACUUAAUGACCCGUAUACGUGGAGUAACAUAUCUGGAUUUUAUCUUGAUGCAUGACUUCCCAGAAAAUUCUCCCAACUAUCUUUCAUGGCGCAAGAACCUCAUCACUGAUGUUGCACAUUUUAUGGCUCUGUCUUGGAAGGCUCCCCAGCAAGUCAACCCGGAAUACCGCAGCAGUCUAGGACAAACCUAUAUUAAGGACUUACAACUCUUGCUUGCUGCACUUCCCUCUCGAUUUCAUCAUAUCAUCCAAACCUGUAUCAACUCGAUGGACGACAUUCUAUCUUUACCUAUGGUUCUUCUUCAUCGAGAUUUUGGAUCUUGCAACAUCAUAGUCGAUGAAACUACCUGUCAUCUUGUUGGUGUCAUCGAUUGGGCCGAAGCUGAGGUGUGUCCAUUCGGGCUUAACCUGCAUUCUCUCCAAUCCUUGACCGGAAAGCUUCAUCUGCAGAACGGCUGGACGCGAUAUGAGGACUACGAUACUCUACAGGAUAUCUUCUGGGAAACUUUUAAACGGGAAGUGGAUGGCCUGUCUCAUGAUCAGCUCCGAACGAUCAAACUUGCAAGGGUUUUGGGUCUGUUGCUGUCCAGUGGUUUUACUAGCCGUCUUGCAAACGAGCGAGAACCAGUGCCUAUUGGCGAUGACGAGCACGGACGCUACAACAUGAUGUCAUUAGACGGGUUUCUUGUCAAUCAGCAGACAAAGUUCGAUGGUAUUGAGUAA